AUGAGGCUGGCGGCGGGACAGCCCCGGCGGCCCCGCCCCAGUCUCUCCUGGAGAAGAGUCCUUUGCGUCCUUUUCCUGCCACUUGUCUCAUCGGGUUUUGCUCCUCCGGUGAAACAAAGAAAUAACUUUAUAUUCGAACACAGAAAGCUGCACCCGAACCCGCGCAGGUUUGACUGGUCGCACCUGACGCCCCGCCAGCUGAAGAACCGCUCGCGGGGGAUUCAGACUGAGGAGCGAGCCGGGCGGAACCCCUACUUCACGCUGGAGGGCCACGAGUUCCUCAUCCUCGGGGGCUCCGUCCACUACUUCCGAGUGCCCCGGGCCUCCUGGAGAGACCGGCUGCUCAAGCUGCGGGCCUGCGGCUUCAACACCGUCACCACCUACGUCCCGUGGAACCUCCACGAGCCGCAGAGAGGCACAUUCGACUUCUCUGGGAACCUGGACCUGGAGGCCUUCAUCCUGCUGGCGGAGGAGGUGGGGCUGUGGGUGAUCCUGCGUCCAGGCCCCUACAUCUGCAGCGAGAUGGACCUCGGGGGCCUGCCCAGCUGGUUACUGCAGGACCCCACGUUGCAGCUGAGGACCACCAACCGCAGCUUUGUGAACGCCGUGAACAAGUACUUCGACCAUCUGAUCCCCAGGGUGGCUCCGCUCCAGUACCGCAGGGGAGGCCCCAUCAUCGCGGUGCAGGUGGAGAACGAGUACGGCUCCUUCUACAAGGACAAGGCCUACAUGCCCUCCCUGCUGCGGGCUCUGCUGCAGAGGGGCAUUGGAGGGCUGCUCCUGACCGCAGACAGCACAGAGGAAGUGACAAGAGGACACACAAAUGGAGUGCUGGCCACCAUCAACAUGAAGGGGUUCAAGGUGGACUCAUUCAAGCAUCUGUACAAGCUGCAGAGCCACAAGCCCAUUGUGAUCAUGGAGUUCUGGGUCGGCUGGUUUGAUACGUGGGGAAACGACCACAAGGUGGUGGGUGUGAAUGAGGUUGAAAAGAGUGUGUCUGAAUUUAUCCGAUUUGGGAUCUCCUUCAAUGUGUACAUGUUCCACGGGGGAACCAACUUUGGUUUCAUGAACGGGGCCACGAGUUUUGAGAAGCACAGAGGUGUUACCACGAGCUACGACUAUGACGCGGUGCUGACAGAGGCUGGGGACUACACCAUGAAGUACUUCGCGCUCCGGAACCUCUUUGAAUCCAUCCUGGUCAGGCCCCUGCCCCCUCUUCCGAGUCCCACUCCCAAGACGGUGUACCCCUCCUUGAAGCUAUCUCACUACCUGCCGCUGUGGGAGGCCCUGCCUUACCUGCAGAGGCCAGUCACCUCUAACGUUCCACUCAACAUGGAGAACCUGCCCAUCAACAACGGCAACGGCCAGUCCUUCGGGUUCGCGCUUUAUGAGAUGACCGUCUGCUCCGGGGGCCGGCUCCAUGCCAACGCGCAGGACGAGGCUCAGGUAUUUUUGAAUGAGACAAGUUUAGGGAUUCUGACUGAUGUUUAUCGGGACAUAGACAUUCCUUCAAUCACGGAAUGUCAGCUUCUAAGGAUCCUGGUGGAGAAUCAAGGACGAGUCAAUUUUUCAUGGAAAAUUCAAAAUCAGCAGAAAGGAUUGAUCGGACCCGUUACUCUGGAUAAAAUUCCCCUGAGCAGGUUCACCAUCUAUUCUCUGGAACUGAAAAUGACAUUCUUCAAGAAGCUCCGCUCUGCACCCUGGAGGCCUCUCGGGGGCCCCUCCUCAAGCCCUGCCUUCCACCUGGGCACGCUGAUGGCUGGCUCUUCCCCGCAGGAUACCUUCCUCCAGUUGCCCGGCUGGAAGCACGGGUGUGUGUUCAUCAAUGGCCGUAACCUUGGGCGGUACUGGAAUAUUGGGCCUCAGGAAGCGCUUUACCUGCCUGGCUCCUGGCUCCAGCCUGGCACCAAUGAGAUCGUCCUGUUCGAGAAGGAGAAGAGCAGCUCAGAUAUCUACAGCACAGACACCCGCAGGCAGGCGCGCUGCUGUGCAUGGCCCCGCCUGCUCACCCUGGAGCUCGCCUUCCCCAGCCCUGGCCCACCCACGACACCCCCUCAGGACGUGGCUGCAGAGAUGCACCACAUCCAUUCUGCUUCGCACCACGGAGGGGAGCGCCUGCUCCCCACGCCCAGCCCCACCCUGGACCAGCCCCCCGGGAGGAGCCCCCUACUGCUCUGGCUCCCUGAGCUGCAGCAGGGGGCCCGGGCUGAGAUGAUGCUCACUUACUCCCAGGCGGUCCCCCUGUGCUCCCACCGGCUCACGGUUUCUUGGCUCCAGACUCUGGCAGCUUGA